CCCGCCCCGGAUGUGGUGCCUCGCAACCAUGGCGGUGCCCGGGCGAGUGCGGCUGGUGCGGCUGUUGGUCACCGCGCGGGACCUUCUCGCGCGCCGUCCCCUGCAUGGGAUGACCCCGCCGCGGGACGUGCUGCUCUUUCAGCACGAGCGGGGACGCUUUUUCACAGUCCUUGGGCUGUUCUGCGCCGGCCAGGGCGUCUUCUGGGCUUCCCUGGCCGUGGCAGCCUUGGCCCGACCCCCAGUCCGCAUGCAGCCUCAGGAUGCGGAGUUUCCAGACCGCAGCCGCUCGGACGUGCGCUCCGCGCUCUGGCGCUAUGGUCUGGCCAUCGGCUGCGGCACCAUCGGCACCCUGGUACUUGCUGCUGGUCUCCUCUUCUCCCUGCGCUCUGUGCGUUCCGUGAUGCUGCAUGCGGGAGGGAAGCAGGUGACCCUCUCCACUCACGCCCCCUUUGGCUUGGGGGCGCAUUUCACUGUUCCCUUGAACCAAGUAUCCUGCAUGGCCCACCGGGGUGAAGUCCCUGCCAUGUUACCUCUAAAGGUCAAAGGCCGACGCUUCUACUUCCUCUUGGACAAAGCUGGACAUUUCCCCAACACGAAACUCUUUGACAACACUGUGGGUGCCUACCGUAGCUUGUGAAAAAAA